UGCUUACUCUGAUCCACAAGCGACAUUGUGCCUAUACCAUGGCUUCCCAGGGCCUCAAAACCGCCUUCUCUUCUGGCUCUCUCAAGGGUCUGUAUGGGGCAAGUGGGGGUUCCACGAGAGUAUCCACAGUCUACUCCAGCAGCUCUUGUAAGCUUCCAAGUCUCUCUCAUGGGGGCCGGAGCUUCUCAACCUGCUCCGUUGGCCUAAACAGACCUAGGUGCAGGACGGCUAGCUGGCUACCUGCUUUCUGCCCGCCCACUGGUGGGUUCCCUUCCAGCUAUUCUGGGAUAGGAGGCUGGUUUGGUGAGGGCAUUCUCAAUGGCAAUGAGAAGGAGACCAUGCAGUUCCUGAAUGACCGCCUGGCUAACUACUUGGAGAAGGUGCGCCAGCUGGAGAGGGAGAAUGCUGACCUGGAGGGCAGGAUCCGGGAGUGGUGCCAGGAGCAGGUGCCCUAUGUGUGUCCUGACUACCAGUCCUAUUUUAGGACCAUUGAGGAGCUCCAGAAGAAGACUCUGUGUACCAAGGCAGAGAAUGCCAGGCUGGUGGUGCAGAUUGACAAUGCCAAGCUGGCUGUAGAUGAUUUCAGAACCAAGUAUGAGACAGAGGUGUCCCUGCGCCAGCUGGUGGAGGCCGACAUCAAUGGUCUGCGGAGGAUCUUGGAUGAUUUAACCCUGUGCAAGGCCGACCUGGAGGCCCAGGUGGAGUCCCUGAAGGAGGAACUGCUCUGUCUCAAGAAGAAUCAUGAGGAGGAAGUAAAUGCACUGCGUUGUCAGCUUGGAGACCGACUCAACAUAGAAGUGGACUGCGCCCCACCGGUUGACCUGAACCGUGUGCUGGAUGACAUGAGGUGCCAAUAUGAGACGUUGGUGGAGAACAACCGCCGGGAUGCUGAGGAUUGGUUCAAUACCCAGACAGAGGAGCUGAAUCAGCAGGUGGUGUCCAGCUCGGAACAGCUGCAGAACUGCCAGUCGGAGAUCAUCGAGCUGAGACGCACCGUCAACUCCCUGGAGAUUGAGCUGCAGGCCCAGAACAGCCUGAUCAGGGACACUUUUAUAAUUGACAGCAUUUCGGAUUUGCCUCGAGGCACUGUGAGGUUGAGAGACUUCCAUGUGGCCACACAGCUAACUUGUGUCAGAACUCGAACCUGGGACUUUCUAACUCCAAAACCAGCCCUUGAGGCACUUUACUACACAAGAGAUGCUUUGGAAUCGACCUUAGCAGAAACUGAAGGUCGCUAUAGCUCCCAGCUGUCCCAGAUGCAGUGCAUGAUUGGGAACAUCGAGUCCCAACUGGCUGACAUUCGGUCUGACCUGGAGCGCCAGAACCAGGAAUAUAAGGUCCUCUUGGAUGUCAAGGCCCGACUGGAAUGUGAAAUUGCCACAUACCGGGGCCUACUAGAGAGUGAAGACUGCAAGCUCCCCUGUAACCCAUGUACCCCUGAUUUUUCACCCUGCAAGCCCUGCCUCCCCUGCCCCACAACUGCCUCCUGCAGCCCCAGUAUGCCCCGUACAACCUCUGGACCCCGUAUGGUCUGUGUGCCCUGCCCUGGGGGCCGAUACUGAAGUCAGGCUGCUCGGAGAAGCUUCAGGAUCCUUUAUUUUGGGGUGUCUGUUUGAUGGAAAAUGUUCAGUUACAGUUCUGCUCUUCUGGGGUAUAGCAUGAGGUCCUUGGUCCUGACCCCACUUCUGAGGAGGGCAAAAAAAUAAAAAAGUUUUAAAGAUUUACUCUAAAUCAGUCCCUAAGGUUGGGUUUUCUAGAAGGUCCCAACUCCUGAUCAUUUCAAUGUUUGAAUUGGUGUCAUGGUCUUUGUUCUCAGGAUGUCUUUUGUAUCAUAUUUUGCUUCUGGAUACUGUUCAAAAUGGAUGCUGAAAUACACAGGAGUGCUUUUGUUAGCUCAUGAAUAAAGGUGAUUUUGCUCUGGCAUCUC